AUGGCUGACGCGAGCGAUCGUCGUGCCUCGUUUGAGAAAGGCGAUCUUUCAUAUAGUGUCGAAGAGAAAAUUUUCAAGAAUAAUGGUCGAAUAGAAGAGGUUGUUUACGAGUACGAAGAAACUCGUCAACAAUCGGUCCAAAAGGGUUUCCAAGACAAACAAGAAGAUCGUAAACGUGUAUUAAAGGCCGCAAUUACACGACAACAGUACGAGGAUUUAGCGAAAAAAAUUCACAAAACACUAUCGUUCGACGAUUUUUUGUACGUAUUAAGACCGUUUAUGAUGGGAUCAUAUUCGAACGACGAAAUUAACCAAGCAUUUAAGCUACUCGACACGGACAACUCGGGUGAAAUUGAUAUUGAUGAGUUAGCCGCGUUCUUGCCCAUCAUUAAUCCUCAAGUGACAAAAGAUACGUUGACAAAAUACAUCUGGCAUGUUGAUGAAAACUCUGAUCAAAAAUUAAGCAUAAACGAAUUCAACGAUCUUUUGUCGCGUGGAAUCGGCAGAGAUAUUGUGUGCGGACAUGUGAAUUAA